AGUUUAAAGACAUUUGAAGACGUCUUCACACUUCGUGCGGAUUGCGGUGUGCUGUCGAUUGUAAUUCGUAAUUCAUAAUUUUGAUAUUUGUAAGAUUUUACCUCCUCUCUGCCUUAAGAUUUUAUUGUUUGUUAUGGUUCUGAAGUCACAUAAAUUUAAUGAUUGGUGAUUUUCGUGUUUUCUGGGCACUACGAAUAGGUGGAUACAUUAGUUAUUUUCUCUAAACAUUUCAGAAACGUGUUAACAUAAAAUUUACUUUCCUAAAAUCUAGGAUAGGACGAGAUGACCAGCUGAAAUAGUAUUGUGUCUUGGACGCGUGAAUAGUAAAAUAUUGUGGAUGAAAAUAUAACCUACUAACAAUGUCUGUAAAGCGACAAGCAACGACAGAAUUAAAUCACGAAAAUUGGGAUCAGGAAGACCCCGAGGAACAGGACGAAGUCGGUACAUUUAAGACUGCGUCUAAGGAAGCGCUAGAAAAGCGCGUGAUAAGGACAGCAAAAAGGCGAACACAGGCUUCUGGUGAUGAAACUAAAAGGCGUCUUCAGUGGCUUUGGUGGCUUCAAUAAAACUCAACCUUCAUCAUUUGAUUUCCUGGCAAAUUUAACUAACGGCAACAAGAAUGCUAACAAUGAUAAAACAACUAAAAGUGAUACACCUGUAUCAAGCAAUCUGUUUUCGAGUAAACCUGGUAUUUUUGGCACCACUUCUUCACCUGUGAAGAGUUUGUCAGGUUCUUCAAAUACACAAACUACAGGCAACUUGUUUAGUACUUCACCUAUAACAUCAUCUUCAGUUUUCACAGCUAUAAAAGCAGAUUCAACAGUUAAAGACUCACCAUUUAAAAUACAACCUGCUACGAGUUCAGGAGAUGCUAAUGCAGAUAAUUCCCAACUUUCAAAGGUAGCCGCCACUUCACCAGUAACAUCCAAUAUAUUUGGCAUAUCAUCAACUAGUGGCACCGCAACUAUUCCAGGGAAAUCACUAUUUGCUUCAACUAAUAAUACUUUAUUUAAAACACAGCCUACAAGUUCAGCUGCAGUAUUAAAUACAAAUUCUGCAACAAACAUAAACAAUGCAGAAAAAAAAUCUGAUGACAAGAGUAAUGAAAAGAAAAUUACAUACUACACUAAACUGAAAGGUUUAAAUGAAUCAGUAUUAGACUGGAUUAAAAAACAUGUAGAGGAAACACCUCUGUGUAUAUUGACACCAAUAUUUAAAGACUAUGAGAAAUAUUUAAAAGAGAUGCAAGAUGAGUAUGAGGGAAAGGACAAAGAAGAAUCAAGUGAAGUGUCAGUCAAAAAUGAAAAAUCCCAAAGUGUGGCACCAACAUUGCAAAAUAACAAAUUGCCUCAAAGCAGUAAUAAUAUUUCAUCUGGUAUGCUUGCGUCUAAAACAGACUCACCAACUGCAAAGCCAUCCAUUUUGGAAAUCAAAAUAAUACCUCCACAUUUGCAGAAAAGCCAUCAGGAUUUUCUUUUGGAAUUAACUCAUCUUCAAGUGUUACUUCUACAACAAGUGCUGGAUUCACAUUUGGAAGUAGUAGUGCUGCUAAGCCUAUAACUACUGCAAGUGCAGGGUUCACAUUUGGAAAUAAAAUUUCCAAUGUUAGUACUGGAACUGCAGGUUACACUUUAGGAAAUAAUUCUUCUACUAGUGUAACUACCACUGCGAGUACAGGUUUUACCUUUGGUAUAACAUCAACUUCUUCAGCCACAACAACCACUGCUUCGCCAUUUUCACUAUCACCUAGUAAAACUAUUAACACCAAUGGUACGGCUUCAUUUCAAUUUGGAACUGGAAAACCAUUUAGCUUUAGUUCAAACAUUACCCAAAAGCUGAAAACACUAAAUCUAAUGAUGAUGCUCAAGAAGAAGAAGAUACCCCACCAAAAGUUGAAUUCACUCCUAUUGCUGAAGAAAAUAGUGUAUUUGAUAAACGCUGCAAGAUUUUUGUUAAAAAAGAUGCUAACUUUGUAGAUAAAGGAGUAGGUACACUUUACAUUAAAAAAAUUGACAAUACUGACAAACAUCAGUUGCUUGUUCGUGCCAAUACAACCUUGGGCAAUGUUUUGCUCAAUUUGAGACUUUCGUCAGCUAUACCAACACAAAGAAUGGGUAAAAAUAAUGUAAUGUUAGUGUGCAUUCCAACUCCAGAGGCAAAGCCACCCCCAACACCAGUGUUGGUAAGAGUGAAGACAUCUGAAGAAGCUGAUGAAUUACUAGAAACAAUCAAUAAAUAUAAGUCUUAAACACAAUUUACGAUUGAUUCCAUGAUUCUGGUUUUAAAAAUCCGUAAAUAAAAUUUUCAAUAUGUAAUUCCAGUGAAUAUUAUAUCAA